AACCAUAUCAAAUGAUCGAUAGCAUUCUGUCGGUAGAGUGGUCCCUUUGAUUUCCUUGGCGAGCUUUCGAGCUGAUAGCCACCCUUGAUUUCUAAAACAUUGAUGCAUUGGCGUGUGAAGGUGCUAUGCUUUUGCUUCCAUUUGGAUUGGGCGUAAGCACAAAUCCUUAAGACAUGGUGCAUCAUAAGGUGUGUGGCCAUAUUGUUUGCUUGUUUGCUUGCUUCUUAAAGCAGCGGUCAGGAGUCAUAACUGAUUGUUAUUAUAGCAAAUAUAUAUAAAUAUUAGCAGUUUAAAAUGGUUUUUUUUUUAGAUAAAUAAUGGCAAUUAUGGUAGCUAUAGUGGAAAAUAGCAAUUUCAGUGGGGUCUAUUAUAAUAAUAAUAUUACACAUUAUUUAAAACCUUAUGUACAAUAUCCGAUCUCGACCAGUGUCCUAAUUCUUUUUAUCCACUUUUGUUUUAUGAAUCUGAUAAUAAAAAUAUUGGGGCGUCAAAGAUUUAAAAGUUGUGGUUUGAGAAGAGAGUACCGUACCAUACCACCAAUAGAUUCAUGGAAGAAGUCUCGCCUAAUAUUUGAUGCUAAAAUUGCAGCUCACUGUUGCAGGUCUUCACUUUAGAAUAUCGGUCAAUAUGCGGAUUUUUUUUCUUUUUUCUAGAUUUCUUUAUUUAACCUCCAUCAUCAGUAGUGAAAACGAUGCAAAAACAUAUUUUCUUUUUUUUCCCAUUUACUAUUUAAUGAAACUUGAAAACGGAAAGACGACUCUAACCGGGAAGUCUCCGAGCAUUCCUUCUACUCCUUUCACUCGAAUUCUACUAGCCGUUUGAAUUUCCUUCUAAAACCCUGCUCUUUCAAUGAUUCUCUAUAUGUAUCAAAGGCAACGGCUAGAAAAAAUAAGAAAAACAAAAAAACGAAAACGAAGAGAGAAAAGAUCUCCUGCAAGGCAAAGAUCUUCAAGGAUCCUCCAAAAUCUCUUACGAAAUCCAGCUCUCGGAUAGCCUAAAAUCUAUAGAAGAUCCUAUCCAACCAAUCAUGUCGAGUUCCAACUCCACUGUCUCCUCCAGCGACUCCAAUCCCAGAAGGUGUGCAGCAUGCAGGUAUCUUAGGAGGAGAUGCGCUGGGGAUUGCAUCCUCUCCCCCUACUUCCCUGCAUCCAAUCCUCAAAGAUUCGCUUGCGUCCACAAAAUAUUUGGGGCCAGCAACGUCGCUAGGAUGCUCCAGCAACUGCCGGUCCAUCAGCGGGCGCGGGCGGCCGAUGCCAUCUCAAUGGAGGCUUACUGGCGGGUGCAAGACCCGGUCUAUGGGAGCGUUGGGAUCAUCAACCUCCUUCAACACGAGAUCUACAUGAACCAGCACGAGCUUGCGAGGACCCAAGCUCAGAUUGCCAUGCACACAGCUCAGCAGCAGCAGCAGCAGCAGCAGGAGGAAGAGGAAGAGGAGGCCCAGCAGGCCAGCCAACCAGUUGAGGCCCCAAACAUGCAUCCCCAACAACAGGAUCUUUUUGCUCCAGACAGAACCUAUCUCGACCUCAGCCAUUUUCCGGACUUUUUCUGAGGCUUGCCACGGUGAAUGAAUGAAACAAGAUUACAUGGAACAAGAGUUUGUGCGUGCAUAAUCGCCGUCUUGCCAAAAAGAUUGGAGCAAGCUGAAUUGUCUUGGUUGGGAGAAGUUGCAAUAAAAUUGCAUGCGCUUUAGUUUUUUCGUCA